UACCGGAUCUAGAUCUGCUAUGGUCAACAAAUCAACCAAUUUUCCCAGGAAAUCAAAAUAAACUUUCCCACUUCACGUUAACUGAACCAAUUUACUAAUUGAAAACAACUGCACUUUUUGUACACAUCAUUUUAAUCGUCAUGUCACUAACAUACAUUAAUGCUGUAUCCUGGUAAAAAUUAAUCAGGAAAAUAUGGCGAGUGGAAACAUACGCGGUGACGAUGAGAGACAGGGACUUUCGAGAUCUCUGCGUACGCAGAUGGGCUACGGUACAGCUCCAUCGUCUGCUGCCACGAAAAAAUCCAUUCCGAUAACUCGAAAGUUUAUUUCCAGAAAAGUGCAACGAACAGACACACUGAUGGGAAUAUCUCUCAAAUAUGGAGUUCCAGUUGGAGAACUGAAGAAAGAGAACAAGCUGUGGAACCCGGACCAUCUCUUCCUGAGGGAGCAGCUCCUCAUCCCCCUGACCCCAGACAAUGAGAACGCCUUAGAUGAGACGGACACCAUUGUGGUGUACAGCGGCUCAACAGCCGUCUCCCCCUCAAGCCCCCACCCAGUGCUGCCCAAUGGCAGCGUGCCGUCCACAUCCUACCACGUCAGCUCAGAGACUGAGCCUGUCAAAGCCUCCAGCAAGUCUCACCCCAACGGCUCCAGUUCUAUACCAGACUCUAAAAAGGGAGGGAACCCUGAUGAUUUUUUCAACAAGUAUGACAAUAGUAUAGCCCGGUUAAAAGGAGAUGUUGCCAAGAUGGAGAAAAAUGCGGCAAACUUAGAAGGUAUCAUAGACGCCAACCCACUGGCCCUCCCACCACGGAAAGGCUCAACCCAGUCACGCAGGGACAGUAACUCAUCAGUCAACUCAACCAACGACAGACGCGGACGUUUCAUGUCCGAGGAGGAGGACAACGGCUCGCCGGUGUUGGUCAUCCGCUCUCGCACUAACAAUCGUCACGUCAGGUCCACCAUUGAGAGCCUGGAGCAAAGGAACGACGACUUGUUUGAGUUGUGAUUGGGCCAGAAAUCUUGACGACUUGUUUGAGUUGUGAUUGGGCCACACCUCUUGCUGGAAUGCAUUCAUUAAGUGUGCGGGCGCUGGGUAUAGAAGAACACAUUGUUGUACCAAAGACAUUGUUAGCUCUGUGGUCAUUCAUGUUCAGCAUUUAGAAGUACUGGUUCCAUAUUUGUUGAGAAAAUAUGUCAGGACCUUGUUUUUGUAAGAUCUGUUUUGUUUCUGGUCUGAAUUCAUGUCAGCUGUUGUCCCCUGGACUGGGCUCUAGUGAUCUACUGCAUGAAUGAAAGCUUUGUUCAUUGACUCUUUGAAUUGCUAACAAUAAAUACAGAUUUCAUUCACAACACUAGAGUCAAAAACUUUAAAAUUCAGAUGAUUCAGAUUGUAUAAAAUAUAUGGCUAGCGGUGAUUGCUUGUCUUGUUAUUCGUUAUGCAAACUCAGCAUAAUGUUCGUCUGUGUCAAUAGUGACAAGUUCACUAAACACUGCUGAAAUAUUCAUGGGUAACAAUGUUGCUGGGAAAAACUCAUUAAAUAAACCUUCCAUUAAAAGGCUGUGAAACUCUGUACAUAAAAACUGAUAAAACAAACCUUUGUUGUGACUGCAUGUGCUGUAUGGUGUGACUAUGUGUGCUGUAUGGUGGUAGUCUUCUUACUACCUUAGCCUGUUUAAAUUUAUCAUGCUGGGUUCUCUCAGGAUAUACAGGGUUUGGGUUUCAUAGAUUUGACUCUGGGGUUUCACUAGAAAGAAGGUAAUCUCUUGAUUUAACGUUUAAGUCUAAUACCAGUAUUUUUUAGAUUUAUUAUAUUUUUAAUGAGGUAAUUUGUUUGAGUCUCUUAGAAUUUUGAAGAGUGAAUAAUGGAACCUUGUAUGAAACAUGUAUAAAAUACAUGUGUGCUGAGUUACAGCCUGUAAUUUAGUCCCUUUCAUUUAGUGUAUGUGUAUUGUCCACCUGUCUCAUCCCAGUCUAAGUCUAAGGGAUAUACAUUUAUUCUUUGCUACUCUCUAGAAUGGUGGUUUUCACAUUUUUCUGGC